AGGUGUUCGAGUACCUGUAGCCCCCCGACUCCCCUCCCAGUGAUUUAGUAAGUCGUAGCUUUCUCUCCGUGAGAGAUCCUUUUGAACUCCUCCUAUAGCAAACACACGUGGGAGGGGCUGUGUGCUUGUGUGGGUGUGUGCACGCGCUUUCUCCUCCUCUUCUUCACAGUACUUGGACUUGGACGUUAACCGGCUCGCACUUGUUACGAGAAGAAGGCUCCCCAGGCACUUGGGGUUAUUUAAAGAAGGUCCGCACAAUGACGUCACAUCUUCGGACGGUCCAGACUGUGCUUUUUGUGGUUAUGUAUUGUGAUGUGUGUGCGGGUUUUAACCUGGACUCGCGCUUUGCGGUGGUAAAAGAGGGACGCACACCCGGAAGCCUGUUCGGACUUUCAGUAGCGAUGCACCGGCAAACCUUGGGGCGCGCGCGUUACCUACUGCUGGUUGGCGCACCACAGGAGAAAGCAGAGUCUAACUUGCGGGCUAAUCAGACGGGAGACAUGUAUGCUUGUCCAAUCACUACAGACCCUAAAGACUGCAUACGGACAAACCUGAUCACCUCAGACACUGUGGGUGCAGAGGACGUUAUAGAGGGAAUGUGGCUCGGCGUGUCCGUAGUCAGUCAAGGGUCUCAGAAAGGGAGAGUGAUGGCCUGCGGUCAUCGCUACAGCAGGACCAUGGACAAUGGCGCGAACCUGCGCAUGAUCGGGAAGUGUUAUAUCCGGUCGAACGACUUAAGCUAUGAUGAAGCAUACGAUGGCCAAUGGCAGGACCGCCAGGAGGUGUGUAGUCCUAAUGGAGACCAACUCAUGGAGGGGAUGUGUAAUAUGGGCAUCUCUGCCACCAUGACAGAAACUGAGGUUAUCGCUGGAGCUCCGGGCUGCUACAACUGGCAAGGUAAUUCAUAUGUGGUUUAUAGGAACCCAGAUGACAUGUUUGAGACCCAGAUCAUCAAACUUCAAGACAUGAGUACUGGAAACAUCUACAUUGGCUACUCGGUGGGGAAAGACAAUGGAAUACUGAGCAAAGAUGAUGACACAGUUGUGGCUGGAGCGCCAAGAUACAACAGUAAGGGCUCAGUGAUGCUAAUGAAAGUCAUCACGAUUGACGAUGGCACUAGAGAGCUGAAGGAAUUGAAUUUAAUACUAGAGGGUGAACAGGUCGGCUCGUACUUCGGAAACAGCAUCGCUAUCGUCGACAUCAAUAACGAUGGGUGGAAGGAGCUGAUUGUUGGAGCACCGUUUUAUUUUAACCGCAGUAGUGAGAAGGGCGGGGCUGUGUAUGUGUUCAUGAAUGAAAACGGCUCAUUCAAGCCCAAAACAGAUCUGAUGUUCACUGGUCCAAGUGACUCAGGUUUCGGCAUGGCUGUGUCUUCCAUCGGGGAUGUCAACCAGGACGGUUUCCUGGAUUUUGCGGUUGGAGCGCCGUUUCACGGCUCAGGCAGGGUGUCUUUGUGGAUGGGGGGAAAAGAUGGAGUUUCACCCAAACCAAAUCAGGUGAUUGAGGGGAGUGAUGUGAGUAAUGGUGGUUUCAAGACGUUCGGUUACUCCAUCAGCGGUGGUCUGGACGUGGACGAUAAUAAAUAUCCUGAUAUUGUUGUUGGCUCUCUGGAUGAUAGAGUUGCUUUACUAAGAGCUCGUCCUGUCAUUCACGUGAAAAAGAAUUUCACUGUGACGCCCUCGCUCGUCGACCCAAAAGACUGCGAGUCCUGCAUUAACAUGGAGGUGUGUUUCGCUUACACACUCAGUACAGGAGAGCCAAAUUUUAAAGACGACAUUAUUAUGAAGUUCACGGUGGAGGCUGAUGUGCUGCAGCACUCGUCCCAAACUCGCGUCCGCUUUACCAACAAUGAAAAAGACGUGUAUACUGGGUUCUUAUCAAUGACAUCACAGCGUUGUGAGACACAGACGCUUAAAUUGAUAACAUUCCUGCGUGAUAAGGUGACCCCAGUAGUGUUCUCCCUGAACGCAUCGAUUGUUGAGCCUCAGAUUAACAGUGGUCAGCAGCAGCUGCAGAACCUGAACUUGUUUCCUGUGCUCAGUCAGGGACGAACACUCACUGACAAAGUGGAGAUUCACAUUCAGAAAGCAUGUGGAGCUGAUAAUAAGUGUGAGAGUAACCUGCAGAUGAGCGCCACAUUUGCCAAAAGCCUGCAAGACAUCCUGCCUGUUCAGGAUGGUCACCAGGUUCUGCAGUAUGACUCCAGCAUUAAUAAACUGUUUCUGCUUGUUAACGUGACGAACUAUCCAUCUCCGGGGCGAUUAGCGGAAGAUGCUCAUAACACUGAGUUGAAUGUCUCCGUUUCCUCAUCAAUCACCUACUCCGGCGUCAGACCUGAGACUACUUCAGUAACAUGUGCUCCUAAAGACAAUUUCAUCCUGUGUGAGUUGGGAAACCCGUUACCCGCUAAUCAGAUGGCCGUCUUUGCGAUCGUCUUCCAGACGUCGUUCAUCACACUCGACACACAAAAGAUCACUUCAACACUGCAGCUCUCUACACUGAGCAUACAGAACGACUUAAUAUCGCUGACCAAAGUGCUGCUAGUGGACUAUGCACUAAAGGCCUCAUUUCAUGUUAUGCCUUCUCGAAUACAGACGGAGUUCAGUGGCCAUGUUAUUGGUGAAUCAGCUAUAAAAAGCACCAGUGAAAUCGGGAGUCCAGUGGAGUUCCAAUUUGUGGUGUCUGUAGAUGAGGCACUCCGGAGUCACUACGUAUUCUCUGUGGAUUUUAAUUGGCCGAUGGAGGUGGCGAAUGGAAAGUGGCUCCUGUACAUAGAGGAAAUUACGAUGACAGGAACUUCGAAUUCCUCGUGUGUUCCACCGGGAAACAUCAUCAACCCACAAAAUUUCCAGGUGCCAGAGCGAAAGAGCAGUCGGAGAAAGAGAGAUGAACAAUCUGUCGCUCACUUAGAAGUUGUGUCAGCUCUGAACCCAAAGAGCGCCCGCGGGAAAACUGACCAUCUGAAUUGUACAUCAGGCACUGCAAAAUGUAAGACCUUCAGCUGCUCCUUAUACAACAUGAGGAAAAUGGCCACAGUGACGGUGCGGGCACGGCUGUGGAACAGCACCAUGUUGGAGGAUUACAACAAAGCUUCACUGAUUGUCAUUAGUGGCGAGGCAACACUUAAACUGAAGACAGAUAGAACAGCCAUCCAUCUGGACAAUAAAACCAAUAGUGUGAUGUUCACUGUUGAGGUGGCUCCUGCGAUUCAGGAUGAGGUUGAGUAUAAAGUUCCCCUGUGGAUCAUUAUUGUUUCUGCUCUAUCCGGAGUGCUUCUGCUCGCCCUCAUUGUCGUGCUCCUGUGGAAGUGCGGGUUUUUCCGGAGAGCGAACACUAGAGAGAUUUAUGAGGCGAAGUCACAGAAGGCUGAGAUGAGGACACAGCCAUCUGAGAAAGACAGACUAACAGAGGAGGAAUGAUGAUCAUGCAGACUAGAUUACUGUAUUAUUGGUGUGGGUUCUUUAGGCGGGCGCUUUAUUUCCGGACCAUGCCCAAGUACCAUGGAGUGAAGAUGUGUAGGGAGCAGCGCUUCCUAAUUGACGACGCUAACAAAAAAAAGCACUGGAUUACAAACUGGACCGACACACCACAAUGAUUCCACAAACACACAGACACACACACACACACAAUACAUUUUUGAGGUGAGGUAUCCACACAGUAUUACUUGGUCCAAUGAGAGACGAAAUGACCACGCACAACUCCAGCCAACAUACAUCAUUUUAUAUUAGCAUUGUGCAAACUAUGUGACCAGAUGCAAACCCCCUAGUUACACACUCCCUUGUAUCGCCUUUGUUGAUUGGUUUACAAACAAACUAAAAGAUGUGAUUUAUCAAAGGGCAUGACACACUGUUAUCUAUAAAAAUUUGUCAAAAAGUACACAAGAGUUAUGCAUAGCUAAAAACAGUAGUGGCGGCCAUCUUGAAGCCAAAUCAUGUCUUUCCUCAGCACAUA